AACUCAACUCAAGGCCCACUUAGGCCCAAACAUGGCCCACCUUACGCUGCAGACCAGCUCGCCCACGAGGCGUGCGUCUCGCACACAGCACACUCUUCCGGUCUUCCCCACCGUUUGUCGCCUUUCAUGUCGCCGGAGAAAUCGCCGGAGUCCUCAGUAGUUCGGGAACAAAGAGUUACAAUUUCAAACAAGCAUGGGGAAAAUCUUGUUGGUCUACUGCAUCAAGCAUGUUCAAAGAAUCUUGUGAUCCUUUGCCAUGGAUUCCGAGCUACAAAGGAUGAUAGCAUCUUGGUUGACCUUGCUUAUGCACUAACAAGGGAAGGUGUUAGUGCUUUUCGGUUUGAUUUUGCUGGAAAUGGGGAAAGUGAGGGUCAGUUCCAGUAUGGAAACUACCGAAGAGAGGCAGAUGACUUGCACUCUGUUGUAUCAUACUUCACAGAACAGGAAUAUAAUAUAAUUGGUCUUGUUGGGCACAGCAAAGGAGGAAAUGCCGUGCUUUUGUAUGCUUCCAUGAACCAUGAUAUUCCUGUCAUUGUCAACAUUUCUGGACGCUUUGCGUUAGAGCGUGGUAUUGAUGGGCGCCUGGGGAAAAAUUUCAUGCAGAGAAUAAAGAAAGAUGGAUACAUAGAUGUCAGGAACAGAAAAGGGGAGUUUGAGUACCAGGUGACAGAGGAAAGUCUGAAAGAUCGGCUGAGCACAGAUACCCUUCUUUCAAGCCGUUCCAUAAGCAAAUGCUGCAGGGUCCUCACAAUCCAUGGCUCCAAGGAUGAAAUUGUUCCGGUGGAAGACGCCCUGAUGUUCGCGGCAAAUAUCCCCAACCAUGAGCUGCACAUAAUCGCAGAAGCCAAUCAUCGCUACACAGGCCAUGAGAAAGAGCUGAAAGCAUUUGUACUGGACUUCAUCAAGUCCCAACCCAAUUUCUCGUCGUCCUUGCGCCCGAAGUUGUAACUGUUUGACCUUUGCAAUCCUUGAUGCUUGAAGUUUAAAUGUCAUACUUUGCAAUCCUUGACUACGUCUUAGCACAGUUCUGACUUCAAGUUCCAUCAGAGCUGGGUAUCUCUAGCUCCAAAAGUUUUUGAGUUGGAGCUCGGGGUAGAAUAGCAUUACUCCUACAAAGUUGAGACAUCUUGUUAACAUUCUAGACUAAGUUAGAUGAUUAGACAAGUUGAGACAUCUUGUUUCUGUCCAAGAACUCAUUUUUUUACUAGAAUACAGGAACUGAGCUACUCCUGCUAAACACCAAA